UGUUGGGCUUUGGUUAACAAAACAAAACGAAGUGUAUCUAAAACGUAUUAUAACCAAAUAAAAAAAGAAAAAAAAAAUAUCUUCGUUCAGUGAAAAUAUUUUCAACUGGAGAAUCUGAGCUGAUUGAGCUUUGAUGUGCUCAACACCUAAAGGAGAAAUUCUUGUUCUUCUAUUGAGGGAAAAACAUGGUGAGAAGCAUCCAUGAGAGGCCAGCAAACGGGAUUGGUGCUGGUUUGGGAGCGAAUGGUUCCGCCGUGCAGAUAAGGUGCUCGAGGAUUUGCGUCAAAGAGAUUAACAAUCGAAACAGAUCAAAUUCUUGUACCCGAAUUACAGCUGAGGGAUGCCAUAAGGUAACUGUUUUGGUUUCAACACAUGAAAUUCAAGAAAUCACUCGUUGAAAUUGCUGAUUUUGCACUCGAAAUUUAUCUGUCAAUGAAAAUUAUAAUGUGGUUUGGAGCAUGAAUUUUAAUAAAUAGUUGCUAGAUAUGUAUAAUGUGGAGAAAACGACACAUCAAAAUUGAUGCAUUAAAUAAGUGAAAUUUUGUAAAUAUUAAGUGUGAAUGAGUUUCAAAUAUAAAGUACAGUUUUCAAAAGAGGAAACAAUAUAAUUUUUGUGAAUGGAGAGAAUGUUAUUCUAAACUUCAAUUAUUAGGUGCAACUAUGCCUAAGGAUUUUCGCAUCUACGAUUUCUUAAUAUUUGUUUUUUUUUUUGGGUUAAAAUGUAGAAGUUGUUAAUUGACAGCUUAUACAGAUUAUUUAAACUGACCUCAACAGCUAUGUUUCUCGAAUCCAGUAAACUAAGAAGUCAAUGUCAAAAUUAAUUACUACAAUUAAGUCAUCCGUUAAAGGCCAGCUAUACAAGUCAAUUUUCUAUUAUUAAAAUUUAUAGUUUUUUUAAUCCUUAAUCUUAGCUAGCUCAUGUGGACUAAUGAUUUUAUUAAUUUCAUGGAAUCUAUUGACCUUUCACCUUUCAAGAACUGACUUGUUCAUUGAUAGAUCUAUUGUGGUGUCUAUAUAAAUAAUAUGUACAAAUUUUUUGAUGGUGUAAAAUUGUUGACCGUCGGUAGAAUAAUCUUAAAAUAAUAUGGUUGUUGGGAUGUCAUAAUUGUAUGAUUUGUAUCUUUUCAAUAAUACAUUGUUAGAUAGAAUUGAAUCAUUACCAGUUUCUCUCUUCGAUAUCUUGUCUCUCUGCAAUUGUUAUUGUUCCUUCAUAUGAUCUGCAAAAUCUUGUAGCAAGAGCAUAAUUUAUUUCUUCUCUUCGCAUUCUGUCUUUGCAGUUGUUCCAUCAUUUUAUCUUCAUUUCAUCUGCAAAAUCUUGUGGUUAGAGCAUAGUUUCUUUCCCUUCUCUUUGUUAUUCUACCUUUGAUUAACACAACCUUGUAGCUGAGAGUGUGUGUAAGAAUGGCUUAUUCUACUCUUGUUUCCCUUGAGCGCACCAUUGAUCAAUUCCUCAAUCAUAAUCAAUUUUCCAUUUCUCCUCAUGAAAAAAAACAUAUUUUAUCUCUAGAUAAAUAUGUCCUUUCACUCCGAGCUUUUCUUGAGGAUUUUCCGGAGAAAGCCAAGAGUUUGGAAGCAAGAAUGAGUAAUGUAGCAAUGGAGGCGGAAGAUGUUAUUGAAUUGUAUAUGACGGAAAAAAUCCACUUCAAUAUUCGAUAUACCCACUGGGUUGCAGAACUAAGAAGAAUCAAGUUUAUAUUCCAGUUGCGCAGAGUAAGAGAUCAAAUGGAUUCAAUCGCCGGAGAGGUGGUGCAGAUCAAAAAUAGCAUCAUUAUCAAAGAUGCACAACUUGAUGGUUAUGUUGGGGCUAGUUCAUCCUCAUCACAAGGUGCAGAAGCUGGAAAAACCAAUAUGGUUGGCUUGAACGUUGAUUUGAUGGAAAUAAUGGGUAGGCUUUGUGGAGAUUCGCGAGAACUCCAGAUCCUCCCAAUAACUGGUAUGGGAGGUAUUGGCAAGACCACUCUUGCUAGAAAUGCUUAUGAUCAUCCAUUUUCCAUGGAGCAUUUUCAAAUUCGUGUUUGGGUCACAAUAUCACAAGAUUAUAGUGAACAGAGAAUUCUAUCAAACCUCCUAGAUUCCUUGAAAGAAUUCGACAGAGAAAGGGGUAAUAUAUCCAUGGCAGUAAAAGUGUACCAAAUCCUAGUAGGUAGGAGGUUUCUGAUUGUAAUAGAUGAUAUUUGGAGCGCCAAGGUAUUGGAUGAUAUAAGGAAGUUAUUUCCCGACAACAACAAUGGGAGUCGAAUUUUGUUAACCACAAGGCUGGCAGAUGUUGCUGCUUAUGCCAACUCCUCUAUGCCUUCCCAUGAGUUGCAUUUGAUGGAUUCAGAUCAGAGCUGGAAUCUACUACGAGAAAAGGUGUUCGGACGCCAAGAUUCCGUUGCUCCUGAAUUGGAGACCAUCGGAAGGGAGAUUGCAAGAAGUUGUGGAGGCUUGCCCCUUGCAGUGGUGGUGGUUGCAGGAAUCCUAUCUACGGUGAGUAUGACUCGAACAUUGUGGAAGGAAAUUGCCAAAAAUGUAAAAUCGUAUAUUCUUGCCACAACAGAUGGACAGGUAGAAAAGAUUUUAUCUCUGAGUUACAACCAUUUGCCUCAUCAUUUGAGGCCGUGUUUCUUAUACAUGGGAGGAUUUCCAGAAGAUCACGAGAUCAAAGUCAAGAACCUGAUAAGGUUAUGGAUAGCUGAAGGCUUUGUGAAACGGCCAGUUGCAUCAAAAAGCUUUGAAGAAAUUGCAGAAGAGUAUCUAGAGGAUCUUAUCAGGAGAAGUCUUAUUAUUGUUUCCAAUAAUAAGUCUAAUGGCAAAACAAAAAAUUGCAGGCUUCAUGAUCUGCUACGAGAUUUGUGCAUAAAGAAAUCACAGGAAGAAAAGUUUCUUGUCCACGUGAAGGGAAGGAAGCUGCUGACAAGCAUGAAAGAUGAGCGCAGGAUACGUAUCUCUCAAUCUGAUGAAACUGAAUCUUUCGCCAACGUUUUUAGCUCAACCAUCCGUACUAUAUUGUAUUUCAAGUAUGAACUCGUCUCUUUUGGGAGUUUUAGAUUGCUCAGGGUCCUUGACGUGUUGAGAGUCGGAUUUCAGUCCCGUUUUCUACCUGAUCAAUUUUUCGAGCUAUAUCAUUUGAGGUACAUUGCUUUCUGCUACGUGGGUCAUAUUCCUAGAGCAAUAUCAAACCUUCAGUGUCUUCAAACCUUAAUCGUGAAAAAUACUUUUGAUUUGCCGCGUGAAAUUUGGAAUAUGCCGCAGUUAAGACAUCUCAUUACUCUUGGUUAUUGGUGUGAGUUGGAUGAGCUCAAUGUUGCCACUUUAGCUCUAGAAAAUCUGCAAACACUUGGGACAGUGCGCAAUCUCAAAUGUUCUUUAAGCAUCGUCAACAUGAUACCCAAUCUUAAGAAACUGUCCCUCAUUUGUUCUUGGGAUUUCGAAGCCUUACUUUUACACAAUCUGAUGCAUCUGCGUCGACUUGAAAACUUGAACUUGGUACUUGGAAGUUCGUACGGAUAUACUGGUGUCCCUAAUCUUGUUCUUCCUAGCUCGCUGAAGAAGUUAGCCUUGAUCGGUUGGGGUCGCAACGGCCAUCACCUCAAGAUUGUCUGCCCGUUGCCGAAUCUUGAAGUGCUCAAACUGAGAAAAUUCGAUUUUAAGGAACAAGAGUGGACAGUUAGAGAUCAUGAUUUCCCAAAGCUGCGAUUUCUUCUCAUUGAUGAUUCAAAUCUCAAGCAAUGGAACACUGACGGCAGCCACUUUCCGUUGCUCGAACACCUACGGAUUCAUUAUUGCCGACGUCUGAGUGAAAUUCCAGAUAGUGUGGGAGAAAUUCCGACACUGAAGUUGGUUGAGGUCAAGAGAUGUGAGAAAUCCCUGGCGGACUCUGUCAAAGUAAUACAAGAAGAGCAACAAAAUUAUGGAGAUGAUUUUUUUGAAGUUCGUUGUAUUAACUGUUAGCCUAUCAGAAAUAUGCUUUCCCUCGAUUUUUGACAGAAUGCCCACGAGUUCAACGACAUAGUCGAGGCCUUCGGGUGGGAGGACAUACGGUACGUGGGGCCCGCCCCGCGCACGCAUGUCUACAAGAGGGUCUGGACGGCCAACGAAGGCCCCCUGUCGGAGUUCAUAUGCUACCACCAUGAGAUGGUCUUGAUAAAAGAAUUCCCAGGGAAGGUAAUUCUCUUCUGUGAAGUACCUCCGCCGGAAGGAGGAGAAACUCCGAUCGCGCCUAGCUUCCGUGUAACGGAGAGGAUGUUGGAAGAGUACCCGGAGAUGGUGGAGGAGAUGGAGAGGAAAGGACUGAGAUACACGUUCAUGGCCCUAAGCAAAAACGAUACUUCUUCCAUGAGAGGUCGAGGUUGGGAAGAUGCAUUUGGGACUUCAGAUUGCGUAGAAGCAGAGAAGAGGUAAGCAAUUUCGAGUUCUUUCUAGACAUAUUGUGGAGAGGGAGCGUUUACUUUGCAUGAUUGAUCAGAUGCAAGAAACCGUCGUCCAUCAACACCUACAAAUAGACUAUACCUUCAUUAGUGACAGACGAUUUUCUAAUAGAUGAUGCUUUUCGUCUGUCAUCUAUUAGCGAUUUUCUUGUAGUGAUGAUUGAGUAUUUUCAUCCUAGAGAGUAGGAUUACUCCUAUCCCACCUUUUAAUUGGGAUAUAAAUCGAGUAAAACUAGCUUAAAUGAUAGAAAAAAUCAAGGGUUUUGGGAUAUCCCAAAAUUUUAA